CAAAGCCUCGAGCACAGGCAGAAAAGGGUCUCUCGCCUCGCCUGCUCGAAAGAACGCAUCAGUGUCGUUCAUCCACUCCCGUGAGGAAUCAUGCGAAGCUCGAAGCCUUUGACCUCCGCCUCCGCCGCCUUCCGGCGGCGUCUCUUCUCUUCCGAGAGCGGACCGAGCCGCUGGACCACCCCGGGCCACGAGGAGCGGCCGAAGGGCUACCUAUUCAACCGGCCCCCGCCGCCGCCGGGCCAGACACGGAAGUGGGAGGACUGGGAGCUCCCCUGCUAUGUCACCAGCUUCCUCACCAUUGUCAUCCUCGGCGUCGGCCUCAACGCCAAGCCCGAUCUCACCAUCGAGACCUGGGCGCACAAGAAGGCCCUCGAGCGCCUCGAGCUUGAGCAGAAGAUGGGACUCUCCGCUUCCGAAUCAGAAUGAAUCGCUCACCGGUAACGGCGUCAUGUCCAGUUUAAUCGCGCGCUUUUCCUUGUUUGAUAUGGGGAUUAUGGGAAAGAUCGUGAACUCCUGAGUCAAACGUAUCUAGGUCCAAUAAGGGUUUGUGAAUGUUGGAAUUUUCGCACCAGCGGUUACUUUUUGCUGUGAAUUUAGCAUCUAAUUCGGAUGAUUUGCACUUCGAUCUCUUCAUAUCAAUCCAGUUCUCAAUUUUAUCA